AUGGAAUUAAAUGAGAACAAAAUUGUGAGUUUUUGCAACUCAUCAGUCCUCUUUAGGCUUUUUGAUGAUUUUUUCACCAGUGCUUCUCUUUCGUCCUCUAUUCAUGCCUCCUUUAUUUCUUUGAUUCUGAAAGUUGUGGGUGCCUCAAGAGCAAAUGAUUUUAGACCAAUCAGUCUGAUCCAUGGUGUUUAUAAAAUUGUUUCUAAAGUGUUGGCCGCUAGGCUCAAGAAAGUACUCCCUCUAAUCAUCAGUAAGAAUCAAUGUGCUUUUGUUUCAGGUAGGCAAAUUCUUGACGGUUUUCUCAUUGCUUCAGAAGUAAUUGAUUUUCACAAGAAGGCUGGGGAGGGAUCUAUCAAGAAUGGCCAUCUUAAAGGUGUUAAAGUAGGUGCUAGAAGCUAUAGCUUCUCCAUUUCUCAUUUAUGCUUCGCAAAUGAUACUCUCCUUCUCACUACUCCUCAUAUUGAUAAUAGUUUGGCAAUCUCAAGAAUCCUUUAUUGUUUUUAUUAUAUGUCUGGCUUGAGUGUCAAUUUCCAUAAGAGUAUGCUUUUUGGUAUUGGUGUUUCUUUGGAUGUGACUCAGGAAGCUGCCAAUCUCUGUUGCUGUAAUAUUGGUUUUUUACUAACAAGAUAUCUCGGUUUUCCUCUUAGUGCUAAUAGUAGAUGA